AUGUCUUCCGUCGUCCUCCUCCAGUUUGGCUCAGACCCCUUCAGCUUUCGAUUCGAGGACCUCCAGGGCCGCCCUGCCUUUACCUUGUGCGCCUCGCAGUACCCGACGCUGGUCAUGAAACUCGCGCGGGAGGGCCCUUGGUCACAGCAAUACCCCUCCAUCAUGGGCCCGUCGAAUUCUUUCUUCUACUUUGGGCCCCGCACGUCGCCGGGAUACAUCGUCUACGGCAACAACCCCCUCAACCUCCCCAUGUCCCACCUCAUGCGUCAGGAGCGGGAUAAAAGCUCGUCCCGGUAUUUCACCUCACAGAGCGGGAAUAAUUAUAAAUGGAGAAUGAGCAACACGCGGAUGGAAUGUAUGGAUGGUCGGACUCUCCUAGCGUCGUGGGAUCUCAGUUCGCCGGAAGAUGAUUUCCAUGCGCGGCUCACUAUCAAACCCUCCGGCCUCCACAUUGUCACAGAAAUUGUCACGACUCUGAUUCUAAAUCGAAUGGCCCAAGAUUUGAAUUGGCAGUGAACAUUUGUGUUAUCACAUUCUCGUCAUGACCCCUACAUAUACGCCCUGUAUUAUUAUGUCUACGUUCCGCACUUCAGAACUUCUAUGCCGACACGUGUAUUAAUUCAUCUUCAGCAUGCGCCAUGCAUUAUGGUCCCACUACAAAUUCUAUACUCGCACUUUCUACAUACAGUACGCGAUGUGAUAAUUAAUCUAUGAGGUCGUAGUGUCCUUAUGCACACGCUGAGGCGACUCUCGAGCCUGUCCCCAAAGGUGCUUAAUGUAUGUCGUAGGUGGAGAAAGUUGGUAGGGUACACUGUGGGGCUUGGCACAAAAAGUACUAGCGUAGUUGAAAAAAAUCAUU